CAGGCCGCGGCCUCUUUCCCCGCCUCUUCCGAGAGCGGCCUGCCCGCCCGCCCGUCAGGCUUCGUCCGCCAGGCCCGCUCGUCGCCCCCGCGCGGCCGGAGGCUCCCCGAAAACUGCCCAGUUCUCCUCCGCCCGAGCCCCGCCGGCUCCCCUCGCCCGGGCUCUCUCCCUCACGACUACGACGACGACGCCGCCGCCGCCGCCGCUUCUUUCUCCCGCAGCCGGUGGGAGCGCGUCGCCGGGCGGCCCGUCCCGCGGCCAGCGCAGCUCCAUGGGGCCGGCGGCGCGGCGGCGGCGGAGGGCGAAGGCGGCCGCCCAGACUCCUCGGCCCCCUCGCCGGCGGCGGCCGUGAAAGAGAGCGAGAGAGAGAGACAGACGGAGAGCGAGAGAGAGCGAGAGAGACACACAGAGAGAGACAGAGAAGCGCCGCCCGCUUCGGACCCGCCGCCGCCCCAACUGACGGGCCUGCGGCUCCGGGCGGACGGAGGAUGGCGGGGGCUCCGACCCAGCUGGAAGCCGAGCUCUACUACCUGAUCGCCCGCUUCCUCCAGUCCGGACCCUGCAAGAAAUCGGCCCAGGUGCUGGUGGCCGAGCUGGAGGAGCACCAGCUGAUCCCGAGGCGAUUGGAUUGGCAGGGAAAGGAACACCGAAGAAGUUUUGAGGAUCUGGUAGCAGCCAAUGUUCAUAUCCCCCCGGAUUACCUCCUUAAAAUCUGUGAGCGAAUUGGACCUCUGUUAGAUAAGGAGAUCCCACAAAGUGUACUUGGAGUGCAAACUUUACUAGGAGUGGGACGGCAGUCUUUACUAAGGGCAGCCAAAGAAUGCAGGCACACGGCCUGGAAAGGUUCCGCAUUUGCAGCCCUCCAUCGGGGCAGACCUCCCGAAGUCCCCAUAAACUAUGGGAAGCCACCAAAUGUGGUGACCCUAAUAGGAGCCAGACAGUUGACUGGAUAUGGACGUUUCAGCCAUUUGUUCCCAACAUCUUUUUAUCAACACAUCAAGAUGCACAAGAGAAUUCUGGGCCAUUUAUCAUCUGUGUAUUGUAUAGCGUUCGAUCGUGCUGGGAGACGAAUUUUCACUGGUUCAGAUGAUUGCUUGGUGAAAAUUUGGGCUACAGAUAACGGGCGUUUGCUUUCAACCCUCCGAGGACAUUCAGCUGAAAUUUCUGACAUGGCUGUCAGUUAUGAGAAUACCCUCCUUGCUGCAGGCAGUUGUGACAAGGUUGUCAGAGUCUGGUGUCUUCGAACUUGUGCACCAGUGGCGGUGCUGUUGGGCCACUCAGCGUCCAUUACUUCCAUACAGUUUUCCCCUGCAAGAAAAGGAACAACUCGAUACCUCACUUCUACUGGUGCUGAUGGAACAAUUUGUUUCUGGCAAUGGCAUUUAAACACAAUGAAAUUCAAGGAUCGGCCAGUGAAAUUUACAGAGAGAUCCAGACCUGGUGUUCAAAUAUCUUGUUCAUCUUUUAGUUCUGGUGGUAUGUUUAUUGCAACAGGAAGCACAGACCAUGUGAUCCGAAUAUAUUAUUUGGGCUCUGAAUCUCCAGAAAAAAUAGCAGAGCUCGAAUCUCACAUGGACAAGGUCGUUGCUAUUCAGUUCUGCAACAGUGGAGACAGGCUAAGAUUUGUCAGUGGAAGCCGAGAUGGAACAGCCCGAGUCUGGCAAUACCAGCAGCAAGAAUGGAAGAACAUAGUCCUGGAUAUGGCCACUAAAAUGACUGGGAACAAUGUCCUGUCUGGAGAAGACAAAGUGUCCAAGCUGAAGGUGACGAUGGUAGCCUGGGAUCGAUACGACGCCACUGUUAUUACAGCAGUGAACAACUUCCUUCUGAAAGUGUGGAAUUCUUCUACCGGGCAGCUUCUCCAUAGUUUAUCUGGCCACGACGAUGAAGUGUUUGUUUUAGAGGCUCACCCGUUUGACCAAAGGAUCAUGCUGUCUGCGGGCCACGAUGGGAACAUUUUCAUUUGGGAUCUUGAGAAAGGAACAAAAAUUCGCAAUUACUUCAACAUGAUCGAGGGCCAGGGUCACGGUGCUGUAUUUGACUGCAAAUUCUCCCCAGAUGGUCAGCAUUUUGCUUGCACUGAUUCCCACGGGCACCUCUUACUGUUUGGGUUUGGGUGCAAUAAACACUUUGAAAAGAUUCCAGAUCAGAUGUUCUUCCAUACAGAUUAUCGGCCGCUGAUCCGGGAUGCUAACAAUUACGUGCUCGAUGAACAAACACAACAAGCCCCACAUCUCAUGCCUCCCCCCUUCUUGGUAGAUGUGGAUGGGAACCCUCACCCCACAAGAUACCAGCGACUGGUGCCCGGGCGGGAAAAUUGCAAAGACGAGCAACUUAUCCCUCAACUGGGCUACGUAGCAAAUGGUGAUGGCGAAGUGGUGGAGCAAGUGAUCGGGCAACAGACCAACGAUCAAGAAGGGAGCAUCCUGGAUGGGAUGAUCAGAGAGCUGCAGCGGGAGCAAGACUUGAGACGGCUCAGCGAGAGUGAAGCACCGCCAAACCCUCCGCAGAACAGAUCGCAGUCUGUGCACAUUUUGAGGAGCCCAAGCUUGGAUAUGGCUUCCCCCACAAAUGUUGGACUCAGGCGGAGCGGUCAGAUCGAAGGUGUCCGUCAAAUGCACCACAAUGCUCCGAGAAGUCAGAUGGCCACGGAGAGAGACCUGAUGGCAUGGAGCAGGAGAGUAGUAGUAAACGAGCUGCCCCCUGGACUUAGCAGAGUUCAGGAAGAAUGCCGAGCAGCCAAAGGUGAAUUGGAAAUCCACCUGUAUACCCUUGAAAAGAAGAGAAAGCCAUCCCACACUUUGCAGAGGAGCGAUUACCAACCCGGUAGCGGGCGGUCUUUGCGCAGAAACCAGCGCAGGCGGCAACACGCUUACCAAACACGUUCCACCAUUGACCGCCACACACAAAGUGUAAGGAGAAGUUCCCACACCCAGGAAGACUCGGAGAGCUCCUCAGAGGAAGUUGAAUCCGUGGGCAGCAGUGAUGCUUCUGGAGAUGACAACGUAGCUGUGUGGCAGAGCGAAAGCAGUUCCAGCGAUUCGUCCAGCGAAUAUUCCGACUGGACCGCCGAUGCUGGGAUUAAUCUCCAGCCCCCGAAAAGACAGACAAGGCAAACGGCUCGCCAGAUCUGCAGCAGCUCCGAGGAUGAGCACGUCAAAGAGACAAAAGGACAGGAAGAGAAGCACAAGAAACCGAAACAGACUCGGAAAAAGAAACCCGGUGGAUUGCUGUCAAUGGAUGCUGAGCCUACAGAAGAGUGGUUCGCUCCUCACUGGAUCUUAGACACCAUCCCACGGCGUUCUCCUUUCGUCCCUCAGAUGGGAGACGAGAUAAUCUAUUUCAGGCAAGGGCACGAAGCUUACGUGCGCGCAAUUCGGAAAGCAAAAAUUUAUAGUGUUAACAUACAAAAGCAGCCAUGGAAUAAAAUGGAACUCAGGGAACAAGAAUUCGUGAAGAUUGUGGGAAUUAAGUAUGAAGUUGGACCACCUACGCUGUGCUGCUUGAAGCUUGCCUUUCUUGACCCCAUCUCGGGCAAAAUGACAGGGGAAUCGUUUUCCAUAAAGUAUCAUGACAUGCCUGAUGUUAUUGACUUCCUUGUGUUGCAUCAAUUUUACAAUGAAGCCAAAGAAAGAAACUGGCAGAUCGGGGAUAGAUUUCGCAGCAUAAUUGAUGAUGCAUGGUGGUUUGGAACCGUAGAGAGUCAACAGCCAUUCCAAGCGGAAUAUCCAGACAGUUCCUUCCAGUGCUACAGUGUUCACUGGGACAACAACGAAAGAGAAAAUAUGAGCCCCUGGGACAUGGAGCCAAUUCCAGAAGGAACUGCUUAUCCAGAUGAGGUGGGGGCUGGAGUCCCAGUGACCAGCGAGGAAUUGGCCUCUCUGCUAUACAAGCCCCAGGAAGGAGAAUGGGGCUCCCAUUCCCGAGAUGAAGAAUGUGUGCGGGUUCUCAGAGGCAUCGAUCAACUUCUUUCUCUAGAGAUUUCUAAUCCCUUUGCAGUUCCAGUGGACCUGAGUGCCUAUCCUCUGUAUUGCACUGUUGUUGCUUAUCCAACUGACCUCACCACGAUAAGGAGAAGACUUGAAAACAGAUUUUACAGGAGAAUAUCAGCAUUAAUGUGGGAGGUACGAUACAUCGAACACAACGCAAGGACUUUCAAUGAGCCCGAAAGCCCUAUCGUCAAGGCAGCCAAAAUCGUCACCGAUGUUUUACUGCACUACAUUGGGGAUCAGAGUUGUACGGAUAUUCUGGAGAUCUACAAUAAAGUAAAAGCAGAAGACUUGAGUAGCAUAGAGGAAGAAGAACAGGUGGUAGAAGCAUCUGCUGAUUCAGAGGGCCCUGGAACUUCCUCUGGAAAACGAAUAGUCAAACGGCAAAUGAAACGGCAACCCUCUAAAGGAUGCGUCGAUGCCUGGAAAAACCACUGCAAGCAAUUAUUAAGUCUGAUCUAUGAGCGUGAAGACUCAGAGCCAUUCCGACAACCUGUUGAUCUCUUUUCUUACCCUGAUUAUCGAGAUAUUGUGGACACUCCCAUGGAUUUCAGCACUGUGAAAGAAACUUUGGAAGCAGGGAAUUAUAUGAACCCUCUCGAAUUCUACAAAGACGUCCGCUUGAUAUUCUACAACUCCAAGGCGUACACUCCAAAUAAGAAAUCAAGGAUCUAUAGCAUGACACUCCGACUCUCUGCCUUAUUCGAAAACCACAUCAAGACCAUCAUUUCCGAGUACAAGUCAGCUGUUCAGUGUCAGAAGAGGCGAAGGCCGCGAUUACGGUACCGAAAACGGCUCCGAAGUAGCAGCAGCGGUUCUUCUUCCUCUAGCAGCAGAACACCAAGCCCAAAAGGAAAACAAAAACAACUGAAGAUGCAGCCUAAAACAAACUUGAAUACCUCACUGCCUUUAACUAGGACUAAUUCUUCAGUUUCAUCUCAUGUUUCAGAUACAGAGGAAGCCCCUGGUUCAGCUACUGCCGAAGACAUGGAAAGGCAACCCUCCUCCUCCUCUGGCUCCAACAGCAGCCAGAAUCGUAGCGGAAACGAUGUUGAAGCAGGAAAAAAUAAGCCGGUUAGAAAUAAAUCCACACCAGUGAAACAAGAUCAGCCUUCUGAGAAGCUUCUGACCAACGGGGACGGGAAAGACUCUCGAACGGGAGUCAAGAGAAAGAUUUCCAGUGCCUCUGAAGAGGAGGACGAGGGCAGCCAAGAGAAGAGAGAACCAAAAGAGAAGGCCGGUUUAUCCUCCGAAAGCGGCGACUCUCAUUCGGGCUCCAGUUCCGAAAGCAGAGGCGGCUCCGAUUCGGAUUCGGAAUCCAGCUCUAGGACAGAUCAAGACUACAUCGACGGAGACCACGACUACAGCAAAUCCCUACAAGCGAAACCGAAAAGGAAAAUCCGCAGGAACCUCUCCAGCAGGCGGAGAAAAAAUUGGCAGGGUAGAGGGACCGGAAGGCGAGGGCGCUGGGGCCGAUGGGGGAGGUGGAACCGAGGGGGCCGAGGCAGCCGGGGAGGAAGAGGAUGCAGCCAGGGACGAAGAGGAGGCAGAGGAGGCAGAAGAGGCCGAGGGAGAGGAGCCUCCCGGGCCAAGCGCCCCCGCAUGGCCGAGGACGAGUUCGAGAACCUUUUUGGUGGACGCUUCAACGAGAACGCCUUUGGCGGACGGUUCAGCCGGCCCCCUCGGAUUAAAACCCGGAACGAAGGCCGGCGAACCGUGUUGUACAACGACGAUUCAGACAAUGACACUUUCAUGCACACCGAGGAUCCCCUGAACCUUGGCACUUCCAGGUCGGGCAGGGUACGGAAAAUGACCGAGAAAGCCAGGGUUAGCCAUCUCAUGGGAUGGAAUUAUUGACCCGACAUGGUGGCGGUGGGUGUGGGCAGGGGAGAAGAGACCUGAACGACGACGUUAGGACUUCCGAGGCUUUUUUAAAACUGCAGGGAUUUCACGCCAGAAAAUCUGCUUAAGCAAAUUGUGUGUGGUGGGGGGGAGGGAAUCUGUGGGUUCCCACCCCUCCUUCACCUCCCCCUGGUGCUUUUUCAUAUGGUUUUCACGUGUUUGGAGACUUCCGCUUGCUGGCCAACGUGGGCUACGAAGGUCCUCUUUGCACAUCCUCUCACCUGCAGAAAUGCUUUUGUUUUUUUUAAGUCACACUAAACCUUGAGUUGGUCACAGGACUGAUGGGAGAUAAAUUUAUGCUUACGAAGUCUCUCCUUGUUGCUUCCUUCUUCCUUUCCUCCCCCUGCCCCCUUUUUUUCUCUCUCGUGUGUGUGUGUGUGUGUCUGUGUGUUUCUGUGUGUGCAUUAUAGAAGCAGCACCUUCUUAACCAAGAUUUAAAAAAAAAAAAACAUUGUCUGCCAUGAACUUCCUUACUUCUCAUAACAACUUUUGCACAAAACACAGAUCCUAAAAAAAAAAGGCAGCUAUAAAAUGUUUACAGUUUUCUCUGUUAUGCGCAGGAUCCGGAUUGCUUUUGAUCUCUUCCCCCCUCCCGCUCCCCCCCCCAGGCCAAAUGUUCAUGCAUUUGUGAUAGAUACUGAAAUAUGCCCCCCCACCACCCGGAAUGGAUGUCCUUGAUGUGAUUUGUUUCCCCCUCACCCCACCUCACUUGGUUUUUAAUGCUUAAUUUAUGUUUUAAAAGGGAGAGGAUGGGUGGGGCGGGGUGCCUUGUAAAUAAUGUAGCAAAUCGAAGAUGUGAGAUGUUGAACCACCUACAUUAACGUUAUUACGAACAACAUACUUGAGAACUAGGAUUAUCUAAGAUACACCAGGUGCCAAACGCAAAAAUACCCUUGCACCUGUUUUUUCCCCCCCUUCUUUCCUGCUCUCCUUGUAUUUUUAUAACGUCCCUUGAGAUGGUCUCAAGGUGUUAACAUCAAUAUGGCAUGGUUUCUCCAUCCAGGUGUCUCCUUUAGUAGCUUAGCCAUCUCCAGAUUUCUGAGCUUAGUUUUUGUGUCCUUCUUCAAUAAUGACGUUGUAAUAGACGAUGUGGCAGGAAACAAAAUCACUCGAGAAACUGCAGAAUAAUUUCAUUGGUCUCCAGUUUGACAAUCAGUCAUCAGAUGCUUCUCACAGAUUCGGAUGGUGGAGAUGGACCGUCCUGUGUGUGCAUGUGUCUCCUCGGUGUAGCCAUUGCAUUAUUGUCAUAUUUUUAUUAGUUUCUUAAAACAUUAACAAUUCCAUUUAUAGACAUUGAGGUAUCCUUGCUGGCUCCCUUAAUAUGUACGUGCUGUCAUAUCUUUCUUUUCCUUCCUUCCUUCCUUCCUUCCUUCCUUCCUUCCUUCCUUCCUUCCUUC